AUGGCUCGAGACGACGACGACCGCGGCGGCGCCAGGUCUCGAUCCCGAAGCCGCAGCCCUACCAGAAAACGCAAGGCCGAAGAGACCACCGACGAUCUCCCGCAACCAUACAAUGCCAACAGUCUACAUGCAACCAAGCGACGAGCCGUAUCGCCAUCCGAGCAGCCGCGAAAGCAGAAACGUCCCGGCGCCCGGGCUCGCAUCUCCGAGGCGGAGCGUGAAGCCAUCCGUCAGCGACAGAUUCAGCGUGAUCGAGAGGCCGCAGACGCCGCCGCCGCCCUCGCCGCCGAGCAAAAUUACCGCGGGCGCGGCAACCACGACGUCGUAAGGCAGCACUACAACAGCGUGCCCGAGCGCGGCCGCCAGUGGCGCACGACCGACAGCAAGAUCAAGGGCCUCCGCGUCUUCAACAACUGGGUCAAGAGCUGCCUCAUCCAGCGGUACUCGCCCGACGAGGACCACGCGCCCGGCUCGCGCGAGCUGGGCCGCUCCAGCGGCAAGGAGCUUCUCAUCCUCGACAUUGGCUGCGGAAAGGGCGGCGACCUCAACAAGUGGCAGGCGGCCCCGCAGUCCGUGCAGCUCUACGUCGGCCUCGACCCGGCCGACGUCAGCAUCGAGCAGGCGCGCGGCCGCUACCGGAACAUGGGCAACCCACGGGGCGGCCGUGGCGGUGGACGCGGAGGCCACCACCGUGGCCCCCCGCCCCGCAUGUUUGACGCGCGCUUCCACGUCAAGGACUGCUACGGCGAGAGCAUCGAGGACCUCGAAAUCAUCCAGCAGGUCGGCUUCGACCCGUCGCCCAUGAACCGCCGCGGCUUCGACGUGGUCAGCAUGAUGUUCUCGAUGCACUACGCGUUCGAGUCGGAGAAGAACGCGCGCAACAUGCUGCGCAACGUCGCCGGCGCGCUCAAGAAGGGCGGCCGCUUCAUCGGCUGCAUCCCCAACUCGGACGUCCUAGGCGAGCACGUGCGCAAGUUCAACGCCAAGGCGGCCGAGCGCCGCGCGGCCAAGAAGAAGCAAGAGGAGAAGGAUGGGGCGCCUGAAGAAGGGGCGGCGAGUGCCGAGGCCGGCGCUGACUUGGAGGCGGCGGCAGCAACCAAGGCCGCCGAAGACGCGCCCGCGGCGGAGCAGCCUGAGGACGGCGAGCUGGAAGAAGGUGAGGCCGAACCCUCGGCGGAAUGGGGCAACUCCAUCUACCGUGUGCGCUUCCCCGGCGCCACGCCGGAGGACGGUGUCUUCCGCCCGGCGUUCGGCUGGAAGUACAACUUCUUCCUGGACGAGGCCGUCGAGGAAGUGCCCGAAUACGUCGUCCCCUGGGAGGCUUUCCGCGCCCUCGCCGAGGACUACAACCUCGAGCUGCAGUUCCACCGCUCCUUUCCCGAGAUAUGGGCCGCCGAGAAGGACGACCCGGAGCUAGGCCCCCUGAGCGAGCGCAUGCGCGUCCGCGAGCCCAACGGCGGACCCUUGCUGGUCAGCGACGACGAGAUGGAGGCGGCGAGCUUCUACGUCGGGUUUUGCUUCUACAAGGUGUGA